CGCCUGUCACCGUGUUUCACUCCAGGGGGCUUCUCCCCACCCUGGGGCGGGGAAGCAAAGAGACGGAGCCGAGCCCAGCCGAGCCCAGCUAACUGGCGCUUUCCCAGCGACCUGCAGCCCCUGCUAACCAGACUGUCGCGAUGUGAAACCUGCCUUCUGAACAAAGAAGCGGCCCCGAAUGCGUGUGAGCGGCGGGGCGCUGCAUCCAUGCCCUGGACCUGUCCAGGCCCGAAGGAAAGACGGGAAACGGGGAAUCUCUGGGGUUCGCCCCUGGCGCUGAUUUCCCGCUUGAUCCCCUUCUAGGUCUAUUGUCAGCGGCCCUCGGAAGAGGCUCAUGAUGCCCGAGCACAGCCUGGAGGGUUUCUCUCCGACACAUUCGGAAGACAACGAGAUCAGCAUCAACGUGGGAGGCUUUAAGAAAAAGCUGAGAUCCAACACCUUGCUCAGAUUUCCCGAAACCAGGCUGGGCAAACUGCUGAGCUGCCACUCCAAGGAAUCGAUUUUGGAGCUCUGUGACGAUUAUGACGACGCCCAGAACGAGUUUUACUUUGACCGGAACCCCGAACUUUUCCCCUACGUGUUACAUUUUUACAACACCGGCAAGCUGCACGUGAUGGGCGAGCUCUGUGUGUUCUCCUUUAGCCAGGAAAUAGAAUAUUGGGGUAUCAAUGAGUUCUUCAUUGACUCCUGUUGCAGCUAUAGCUACCAUGGGAGGAAAAUGGAGCCAGAUCAAGAGAAAUGGGAAGAGCAAAGUGACCGGGAAAGCACCUCCUCUUCCUUUGAUGAAAUCUUGGCCUUCUACAAUGAUGCUGCCAAGUUUGACAGACAGCCCUUUGGAAACAUUAGGAGGCAACUCUGGCUGGCUCUGGACAAUCCCGGCUACUCUGUCUUGAGCCGAAUAUUUAGCAUCCUGUCAAUAGUGGUUGUUCUUGGUUCCAUUGUGACCAUGUGCCUGAACAGCCUCCCAGACUUCCAGCUGGUUGAUAGUUAUGGGAAGGUAGAAGAAGACCCUCGGUUUGAAAUUGUGGAACAUUUUGGCAUUGCAUGGUUCACAUUUGAGCUGGUGGCAAGAUUUGCAGUGGCUCCUGACUUCUUGAAGUUUUUCAAGCAUGCCCUGAAUCUGAUUGACCUCAUGUCCAUCCUGCCCUUUUACAUUACCUUAAUUGUUAACUUGGUUGUGGAAAGUAGCCCAGCUUUAGCAAAUCUAGGCAGAGUAGCCCAAGUUCUGAGACUAAUGAGGAUCUUUCGCAUCUUAAAACUUGCUCGACAUUCAACCGGCCUCAGGUCUCUUGGGGCCACUUUGAAGUAUAGCUACAGAGAGGUAGGGCUUCUUUUACUAUACCUCUCUGUUGGGAUCUCCAUAUUCUCAGUAGUGGCUUAUACUAUUGAAAAAGAAGAAAACGAGGGCUUAGCCACCAUCCCUGCUUGCUGGUGGUGGGCUACAGUUAGCAUGACCACUGUUGGCUAUGGAGAUGUUGUCCCAGGAACCACUGCUGGCAAGCUGACGGCGUCUGCAUGCAUCCUAGCUGGUAUCUUGGUGGUAGUGCUUCCUAUAACACUUAUCUUCAAUAAAUUCUCUCACUUUUAUAGGCGUCAGAAGCAGCUAGAAAGUGCCAUGAGGAGCUGUGAUUUUGGUGAUGGAAUGAAAGAGGUUCCACCAGUCAAUUUAAGGGACUACUAUGCGUAUAAAGUUAAAUCCCUUAUGGCCAGUUUUACCAAUCUGAGCAGGAGUACUCCUAGUGAACUAAGCCUAAAUGAUUCACCACAUUAGACUGCAGUUCUGACAGCAUUUUGCAUGACAUGCACCAAGAGCUAUGUUUAUAAACAUUUUCCUAUUCCUUGGGUUUUCUCUAGUGUAUAGUGUUGCUGACACUGCACUAACUUUGCACCUAACAGGAAAUUUAGUUACAAGCUGACAAUUUGCACAUUUUCAUCCUGUUGCAUAGAAUCUAAAUGCUCAUUUUUCUAGACAAAUAUUGCUGUGUACAUGACACUAGUGCUAGUGGUGCAGUGCUGAUUUGUUACAGUACUUUGCUCAUUUGCUUUAGAAGUCCUUGUGUGAGUAGAGAAAUGAGUUGAUCCAGAGGAAAAUUCACAACUGUGAAAUUAACAAUGAAAUAACUAGUUUUCCCUUACAUUGAUGUGACAACUCUUAAUAUCUGUACAUUUCCCAAUUAGUUUAAAGCCAUCAUAAUACACAUUUUAACUGAUACGAACUGUAAGUUUAGAAAUUACCCAUGAAUAGUUUACAUGGUAACACAUUGCUACCUUGUUAUGCCUGCUAAUUCUAAUAAUAACCACAUCCCUGGAAACAUGUUUGAGUCUAGCUGUUCAGUGGAAAUUGGUAUUUAUUCUAGAGCAUGUGUAUUAAAGCACUAGGUGUUCUUUUGAAAUUAAACACGUAGGAGAGGUUUCCAAAAACUCUUGGCAUUAAUCUAACUCUGCUUCUAGCCAUGUCAGAAGUAAAGCUCUGAUUGCUUUUACUGGGAACUGAGACAGGCCAUUACUGAGCACUUUUAAACCUACCCAAAGCUUUUACAUUAUGAGAGAUUAAGGCCACAUUGCCAAAAGUGGCCUACAACUUUGGUGCCUAUCAAAGCACCAAGGGCUUGAUUUUCAGAGCUGCUGAGUACCUGUAGCUCCUAUUUAGUUAGAGCUGCAUAUAUUCAGCUUCUCUGAAAGUCAAUCCCAAAGGAAGAAAGGAGGAAGCUGGGCUCCAAAGGAAGUUGGGUUCCCCAAAAGAAGGCAUUCAACAAUUAGAAGCCACAUGUGAAAACUUGGGUCUGGCUAGUGUAUGGAAAUAUCCCGAAGUGAAUGAUAAAGGCCAUAUUUUUGGAGCUGACAUUUAUCUACUGGAAGAUGACUAAUUAAAAUGAUAGCAUAUGCAUUUCUGAGAUCCUGCCUAAUUUUACCAGGGAGGAUUGUUUUGAUGCUUGGCAUGAGAAUUAAAACAGGUGUCCAUGGUACAUAAUCUCAUUAAGAGGUCUGCAUAUGAAACUCUAAAAAAAAAAUCUAGUAGUUCAACUUAAAAUGGUUCAGAAAAGAACUCCUGUCUCUCAGCUAAGGCAGAAGUAUUAAAGCCAUGUAACACAUAAUGUUGCACUCACUGCGUUAGAGCAUCAGCAUGGAUGAUUUAUAGCAUCCGACCUACCAUUUGUAAAGUCUGUUUUAAUAAAUAGAGAAGAUUUUAUUGUUAUUUAAUUGUCCAAAUUAUGAAUUGGCAGCGUAAAUUAAUGAGUGCUCAAAGUUGUCUUCCCCUGCCCACUGGAUUGGUUUAAGGAUAUUAUGAUCCACUCAGAUAAUACCCUCUCUAUCAUACCACCUUAUUUCCUGUUUACUAGAGAACUAUGCUGUUAAACAAACUACCAGUUCUCAGCUAGCAAAAUGACUCUUUUCUGUUCAAACCCUGUUGUAUUGCCAUUCAGUAAUAUAUUGUUUUUCAAGUCAAUUUAGUGUAUAUUAAUUUAUGAAGAUAUGGUGGAUUCAGAAAAUAGAUUCAAAUUAGGAAGACUAGGAAUUGUAUUAAAGAAUUAAGGCCAACACAGUAACAUUUGGAAGCCUAAAAUUAGACAUCUAAAUAAUAUUCCAGCACUUGAAUGAAAAUGGCCUAAUUAUCAGAUAUGCUGAGCAUCCAGACCUCCCCUUCAGUCAUAAGGACAUAGGAACUGUCAAACUACAGCAGCCUGAGGACUAGAUAGUUCAGUGAUAGGUCUAGAUCUCUGACAGAGGCCCGAACCACAUGCUUCAGAAGAAACCUGAAGUAUACAGAUGUGGAAUAACCUGCCCAUGAGGAAAAUUUCCUCCCAGCCCUCGUCAGUUAGUGGUUGGCUUAUGCCCUGAAGCAUGAAGGUUUAUAUUCAUUCUAAAUGUUUUCUUUUAAAACAUGGGGCCAUUUAUAUUUAAGCUUUUGAAUGUGAAUUUAGGUGCUUAAAUUUAGGCAUUCACAUUUGAAAAGUUUGGCUAAGACUUUUACCACUGGAGGGCUGAGAUCAAUUUCUGUACUGGGUCACAUGUAUGGCUAAAUUUGGUGGAUUCAACCAAGUACUUAAUUGGAUCACAGUAUCAUCAAAAUUGUAGUCAAAAGCACAGCACUAGAUUACAGGCAUUUCAGGUUAGGAAUGCUUGCAUAGUAUGUAGCACCGGGUGGGCUGAAUCCUGCAAAGAUGGCAAAAAUUUUCAUUGAUGCCAAGGACAAUUUGGCCUUCAUUAUAUUUACCAGUUUGUGGUCUGUGCAGACUCUCAAUGCAAGGCUCUUAUUUUCUCAUCUUCACAAGCAAAGAAUUCAUAAAGUCAAAAAAAUCCCAAAUAGUAUUUUAUUGUUAGGCCAUUAUGUCAGCAAACACACAGAAUAGCUAAAGUGUCACCAAUUCCCCCAGCUCUUAGUUUAGCAUUGCAAAGUCUGGAUUAUUUAAAUAAGAUAUAGAUUAUCUUCUCUUAUAGAUUUAUUUAUGGGGCCAUUGUUAAAUAAUUUCUGCAGAAAUUGAAUAGAAUGUUUCCAAGUUGCAUUUUAUGACAGAAAAUGAAGUGCCCCAAGGCGUCACUGUUUUUAUUGUAUUGGUUGUAAGGAAUUUUCAUUAUUGCUUUUUUUAUAUAAGUGCUAUGGAUCAAAAAUGCUAAAUAAAGUAUUGCA